AUGUCUUCGUCUACAGAGAUCAAGCGAGUCACAGUUGUCGGUGCCGGUUUAUUCGGUCUAACUACCUCCUUGGAGUUGGCCAAACGAGGAUACAAAGUCUUGGUUCUUGACCGUGAUUGCCCUCCUGUUCCCGAUGGAUCCAGCGUGGAUAUUUCGAGGGUAAUCAGACCGGAUUACGCAGAUGAAUUUUACGCCAAAAUCGGGCUAGAAGCCAUGCAAGGCUGGGAAGGCGAAUAUGCCCCAUUUUUCUAUCGCAGCGGUCUUCUAUGCAUCGCCCAAGGUAGCACCCACGCGUAUUUGGAAUCUUCGCGACAAAACGUGGAGAAAAUGGGACUCCAGGUUGAGGCCUUGGACGGAGAAAGACUUCGCGACUAUUGCCCUGCUAUUCAGGGAAAACUUUCGGAUUCGAAAGGUUAUUUCAAUCCUAUCUGUGGCUGGGCUGAUGCACAAAACAGCAUUCAGUAUUUGUCACGCCAAUGUGUGAAAGCUGGCGUGUCGUUCCUUUCCGGGGCAAGUGGAACGGUCAUUUCGCUCGUGAAAGAUGGCGGUAGAGUUGUGGCAUUAAAUACUCAAUCGGGAUUUUUGCUGAAGACGGAGCAUGUCAUCUUAGCGACAGGAGCCUGGACACCCCAUCUUCUUGAUACGAAUAAUCUCUCUAUCUCAACUGGACAGCCUGUCGGUUUCAUGCAGUUAACCCAAGAAGAAGCCGACCAGCUGAAGGAUUUCCCUGUGGUGAUUAAUCUUUCCACUGGCUGGUUCGUCUUCCCUCCAACACCUGGGUCGAAUAUUUUGAAGAUGGCCAGACACGGUUAUGGAUAUGAAACCUCUCGACAAGUUCAACACGACAAGAAGCUAGUUUCAGCUCCAAUUCUCAAUGCGAGCAAUACGGCAUCUCAUUUUAUCCCAAUGGAUGCCGAGGCGGCUUUGAGAGAUGGCUUGUCUACUCUCUUUCCACAAUUCCAGGGGAAAGAAUUUUCCAACCGUCGGCUUUGUUGGUACUCAGAUACCCCCAAGGGUGACUUUCUGGUUGACUAUCACCCCUCAUUGAAAAAUUUGUUUGUUGCUUCCGGAGAUAGCGGACACGCAUUCAAGUUUUUACCAGUUCUAGGACGUUAUGUUGCAGACAUUUUUGAAGGGAAGGCCAGCGACUACCAGCGAGAGAAAUGGGCAUGGAAGCAAACCUCUGUUCCAAUUUCCCGCGGUGACGGCAGCAGAGGUGGUCCUCCUCGGCGAAGCCUGAAGAGGGAAGAACAGGCUCGCCUAUAG